UCACCCCUUCCCCUCCCUCAUUUUCGGCCAAGGAGAACCAGGGAGAGCAAGAAAAUCCACCCAACCUCCUUCCUCCAUUGUUGAAGAAAGCUCAUCAAAGAGGAAUCACCCAAAAAGGAGCUAAAGUGCUAAAAGUGUGAAAUAAUUAAGGGACUUGUAAAGGGUAUUUCAAGUGAUUUCACAAAGUUGGAAAAGUCGCCGGAGUAGUCGCCGGAGUUGACCAAAAGUCGCCGGAGUUUCACCGGAGUUCAACCAAGAAGGGUAAAACUUCAAAACGCUAGCUCAAGUUGAAGCUAGAGCUUGCUACUUGCACCUUCUCACGGGUGAUAUCAAAUCAGGGAGACGUGGUUCGUGCUUCCUUAUUUUCUUUCAAACUACCGAACACUUGCUCAUGGAUAUUUGUUUUACUACAAACUAUUUUUUGGGGCUUGCAUGCCCAUGUUGUCGGCCGGUUGUGGCCCAUGACUUACCGUUGAAUAUUUCCGCUAUUCUUUGGUUUAAUGUGAUGUUGUUAUGUAUGUUUACUACUGAGUAUGGAUGGAUUGUUUUCUCGAACGCCUUGUGUAAUUAAGUGAGGUUGACCCGUGGGUGACGUCACUUAGUUAUACGGCGGUUGUACACGCGCUUGGAUUGCGGUCUGGGGCGUGACACAGGUGGUCUGGGAUUUAAAAGUCUGCGGGAAUUUAACAUUGCAAUGCUCUCUAAACAGGCUUGGAGGUUAUUUACGAGUCCUGACUCCUUAGUAAGUAGAGUUUUUAAAGCUCGUUACUAUCCGAAGGGGGGUUUCUUGUCUGCUAAACCGGGCAAUAAUCCUUCCUUUAUUUGGCGGAGUUUACUUCACACUCAUGAUGUCAUUCAGGAUGGUUACUAUUGGAGAGUGGGUGAUGGCCAUUCAAUAAACAUUUGGGAGGAACCUUGGCUUCCGGAUAAGGAAAACCCACGGGUUACGUCGGAGAAAUAUGAGGAAUUGCAGGGGGUUGUCGUGGCAAAUCUUUUUUCUACAAAUCAUAUGGAAUGGGAUUUUGACAUCAUCGAUGAUAUUUUUGGGGAGAGGGACGCGGCAAUCAUUAAGGGCAUCCCGCUGCGGAGAAGCGCUAUCGAGGACACCCUCUGUUGGAGAUGGGAGGAAAAUGGAAAACAUUCGGUCCGGAGUUGUUAUAGAAGAUUGAUGGGCGAGCUGGGGGGACUACUGGUCUGGAUUGGACUUCUAUGUGGGAGUUUCAACUUCCACCUAAAAUUAAAAUGUUUUUUUGGCAGGUUUGUAGCGGCUGUCUCCCCUCGAGACUAAAUUUGCAGGUACGACGAGUGGAUUGCUCGGGCAGCUGCGGACUGUGUGGAGAGGCACCAGAGUUGCUGGAUCAUUUAUUUAGACGCUGCACUUUUGCAAAGGAAGCGUGGACAGAGCUUCAGUGGCAAUGGAGGUCAAUGGAAGAUGGCUCUUUCGUGGAUCAAGUUUGCGAAGAAUUCAGGGAAAAGAAGAAAGAAGAUCUUGAGCAACUGGUUUGGGGCUGUUGGGCUUUGUGGAGUGAACGGAAUCAAAGGGUGUGGCAGGGAACUACUUCUUCAGCGAGGCAGAUUGUUCACCGAACCCGAGUUCUGGUUGAAGGGUGGCGGCAAGCUCAGAUGCAAGUGGCUAGGGGAAGACGGGCACACCCGGUUCAGCAGGGGCGCGCAACCUGGAGCAGGUCAUUGCAAGGAGCUUGGAAACUGAAUGUGGAUGCGGGGACUAGAGCAAACAGUUGCGGGUUGGGCUGGUGUCUGAGGGAUACAGAGGGACAAUUCGUAGCCGGUGUUUCGAAACCAUGGCCGGGCAGAUUGUCAUCACUGGGAGCUGAGCUAGUUGGAAUACGGGAAGCACUGAGUUGGUUGAAAGAUUUUGGUGACAUCGCGGUCGAAGUUGAAUCUGAUUCAGUGGGGGUGAUUUCUGAAAUUCUUAAUGGCUCGAGUUGCUCGUUGGUGGGGCUGUUAAGAGAUGACAUUGGAGACUUGGCUAGAUUUUUCUCGACUAUUUCUUUUAGUCAUAUUAGGCGGUUAGCGAACAAGCCGGCCCACUUGCUUUCAAAGGCGGCUUGUUCUAUGCCUGAUUCGCAAUCUUGGUUUGAUUUUACUCCUUCUUUUCUUGUAUCGGCUUUAGCCAACGAUUUGAUUAAUGAUAAUUAAG